UUCUAGUGAUUCAAUCUCUCUUAUAAUAAAAAUCCACUUUAACACGUGUUAUUAAAACACAACUCUCCUCAUUGAUUUAUUCAUUCAGUCUCCUACAUCACCACAUCCCUCUCCUCCCUCCAAAUCCCCCCUUUCUCUCUCCUCCCAUAAUCUCUCUUUCUCUCUCUUCAUUAAUUUCAUAGGUUAAAAAUGUCGGAUAUUAAUGGCACCAAUUCAGAGUACCCUUCAACAAGGAGUAUCAGCAGUUUAAUUUCUGAAGAAGAAGCUAUCCUAGUCACCUUAGAUCUAGUCUCUGCUGCUAGACGCAACCUCAAGUUCCUCCGUUACGUGGCUGACUCUGAUUGGCUUCACCAUCCCUCCACUCUCGUCGAAGCCAUUCGCAGGUAUGAGGAGCUGUGGAUGCCAUUAAUAUCUGAUCUAAUGGUUGGGCCGAACCAACGACCACCUAUGAUUCUCCCUCCGUUUGAUAUUGAAUGGGUUUGGUAUUGUCACACUCUUAAUCCGGUACAUUAUAGAGAUUACUGCUUAACGCGGUUCUCAAAGGUGAUAGGUAAGGCCACAAUUUUCGAUGAGGAGAACGAAGAGUAUGCUGUUAAUAUGUGUAGGGACAUAUGGACAAAGAGGUACACUAAUGAGGCAUUUGAGAAUGAAAUAGAAUGUGAAGAGUGUUUGGAAGAAGAGAAAAGAAGUGGUAAUGUGGAAAUGUUUAUGAGUGAAAUGAGGAAACAAAAAAGUGUAUAUGACAAGUUUUUUAAGGAGCCUUAUAUGGGAGAAUUAGUGUACUUAGUUGCAGCAAUGAGGAGAUACAAGAAAUUCUUACAAUUGGUGGUAACUCAACAAAAUGAUGGUGGUGGCGAUGGUGAUGGUAAUGGAUGUUCAUGCGUUUUGGUCCCCACUGUUGAUAUCUUGCUCAUGUGGCUAACUCAUCAGAGCUACCCAACGGUAUAUGCAGCUGACACGAAGCACAUGGAAGAUGAGCUGCUGCUGAGGGUGUUGGGCCCAUGGGAUCAUUCAGUGAACGAGGAAGACAUAGAGGAAACAAAGAAGCUUUGGGAGGCCAGUUUUGAUCAGCCAUAUGAGAAAGCUGGGGGCAGACUAGUCGUUGAUUUGCAAGGCGGUAUUAAUGCUGUCCAAACCUCGGUCUUCUGGGCGGUUUCAGACUCAGAUGUUAAUAUUAAAUACAAGUCAUUGCACCCAAGAUUCUUACUAGAGGUAUGUGUAUUUGUUAGGCUGAGAUCACAUAUGGAUGCAACACAAGCAGAAAAGACACGCGAGUUCUUGCGCCUAAGAAUGUUUAGAUGUCACAAAGAACUUAAGUUUGACAAACCCAUUUGGAGUUUUGCUCCUGAUUCAUGGCAAAAAGCAUGGCAUUUCUAUUCCGAGUUUGGAACCAGGGGGAUUAGCCUUGAGCUUCGCCAUCCAGGGAACCUUUGUUUCACGGGCACUGGUUUGCUGGACAAUGUCUCAUUUUCGUGGAAUGAGUUACUUCGUGCACCUUCUCUUGCAUUUGGAAGUGAAGUUGAUCAGAAAUUAAGGGUUUUCACUUCAAUUACUCCUCCUGUUCAAGCACCAUACCUGUUGAAAUGUGUCCCUGAUCGUUCGAGUGAUGAUUCUGGUGCUAUGAUCUCUGAUGUAAUGCUUAAGCUAAAUCAGUAUCGACCUCAGGAAGGGAGAUGGUUGUCUCGGACUGUUUUGGACCAUGCAGGAAGAGAAUGCUUUGUGGUUCGUAUAAGAAUUGGUGGAGGAUUUUGGAGAAGAGGGGCUGAAUCACCGGAGACAGUGAAAUGGGAAGACCGGAUUAUUGAGAUACGCGAAGGUCCUUGGUCUUAUGUGGCAGGCUCUGCAAUUGGGAAAGCCCCUGAUAAAGUGGUAGGAACAGCACAGCCUAAAGAGAUAUCAGAUGGGGUAAUUUCUUGGUGCUUCUCAACUGGAGACGAACUGACAGUGCAGUGGGAAUCGACAUCUUCCUUAGAAACGCUAAGCCUUACUCUUACCCAAAAUUCUGACUCUUAUGUUAAGUUAUUGAAGGGCCGGAAAAUGCAAUAUGAGGUGAGUAAGGAAGAGAGAAAACUACGUAAAACAGAAGGAGAUCAAGUAGAAGAUGAAGAAGAAGAAGGGUUUGUGACCGUUGUUAGGUUCUCUGAUGAGAACCUGAAUGGAAAAGCUACUGCUCUUAUGAACUGGAAGCUUUUGGCCUUAGAGCUGUCACCUGAAGAAGACGCUGUUUUCGUGCUGUUACUGUCCCUUGCUAUACUCAGAAGUGUUUCAGAGAUGAGGAAGGAAGAUGUGGGGGGAUUGUUGAUACGGAGAAGAUUGAAGGAGGUCAGGCUAGGGGAGAAAGAUUGGGGUUCUGUCAUACUUCAUCCUUCGUCGUGCUCUACCUCUUCACUUCCAUCGCCGCACCUUCAGCCUUGGUAUUGGAAUGCUAAGGCUGUUUUAGGAUAUGAUCCUGGGGCUGAGCACAUUUUGAAUCAACCAAACUUUUCUGUGGCUGAAGGUGGUGAAAAAUUGUACAAGAGAGGUAUUAUCUCAUAAAAAAAACAAGAUUUGAUUUUGAUUUUCUAACCAAUUAUUGAUUGAGCUUCCGUGGAAAAAAGAGAGGGGAUUUAUUAUGAGCAUGGUUGUACAAUUUGUACAUACGGCUUUGGACUUUGGAGUUGUAUAAUAUGUGAAAAAUUGGAAACAUUACUAAAACUUGAAAGUCGAAUAAAGUUUAAGACGUUAAUCGUACCUUUAUUAAUGUGUGAAACCUUAAUUGGUAACCUUAUUAUGUGUUUUUCGUAGAUAUAUGAAUGAAUCCACAAAAAACUCUUGGAGAGGAGAA